GAUCGCGAUGCCAUUUUCUCAAGAUGGCUACAGCGUACAAGGUCGUCGGUAGCCUAAAACAGGCUAGGCCAAUUAUAUCUGCCAAUAAGGCAGAAUCCAGAGCGAGAGUCGUUAAUUUAUAUAAGUCAUGGUACAGACAAUUAUCACGCAUAGUUAUCAUGUAUAAAUUGGACGUGACGGAUAAAGAGGCACACGCUAAGCUUAGGGAAGAAUUCAUGAAAAACAAGCACAUCACAGAUUUAAGAGUAAUCGAUUUACUGGUUGUGAAGGGUCAACUGGAACUCAUAAAUGCUGUUGAAGAAUUUAGUCAAAAGCCCCAUUUAAUGAGGUUCUUCAAAGACCCUGGCAAUACACGACCUACUGAUUUCCUAGGAAAGUUUUAUGCAGGACAUGAUCCUUAGAUAGUCAAUAACGGUGUCAAAUAUGACCAUAUGCUAAACUCACAUGUAUGUAUUGCUGUAAAAGGUGAACUAGAAAAUCUAUAUUUGAUUGUUGAUGAUGCAUUCUUGCAUGUAUUGUAAGAAUUCUAGGUGAAUAAAGUGAUGUUGGGAU